AAGCUGUGGAUGGCGCGUCCUUCAUUAGGACACUAAUGUGGGGAUGGCGCGUCCUUCAUUGGGACACCAGGAUGGCGCGUCCCACUCACAGAAAAGGACCAGAGCAUUUCGGUUAAUUUUUCCCCAGGUAGGAUGUUUUGGUGUAUUUGACUAAUGACAGGUGCACUUUGAAAAAAAAUUCUACAAACAUCAUCAAUCUCUCUCUCUCUCUCUCUCUCUUCGUACCAUUCAUCUCUGGAUUUCUUGUUGAAGAUGCGACGCGGUUCAUCCAAAAAAUCUGGUCAAUCCAAUCCCUCCGUCAAUUCAUCCGCCGCGGAUCUCUUCCGUUCCGCUUCAAGUAAAGCAAACUCAAAGGAACUGGAGCGGAUUGAUAGUCUAUUUUAUACGUAUGCCAAUGGAUCUUCCGGGUUGAUUGAUUUCAGUCUCACUACUCACAGCCGCCGUAGCAGCUUCGUCUCCCAUCACGUUGAGUUCUCAACGAUGGUUACUGACGGAACCAAAAAGCCUAAAGUUUCAGCAGUGCCACCUCGCAAAAUCAAUGUGCAGAAGUUUGCAGAAUCCCGUGCCCCUGAGCUUUUGAGCCUUCAGUCUAUAGUUGAAAAUAGAUUAAGCAAUGAUUAUAAGUCUCAAAGGAACAAGAGAAGAAGAACAACAUCAUUUAAUGACCAAAUUGCAAGAAAGGGGCACAGAAGAAAGAGGCAAAAACUGGGUAGAGUUGAUAAAGUCAAUGCUGAAUCAGUUUUGAAUAAGGACCAUAAAAUGAAGCUUCCUCGACAUGUUCGUCGAAGAUAUGAACUUAAGAGUAACCCUGAGAAUGGCUUUUGCACUUCUGGGGAUGGAACCAAGAGGCUGAGAACACAUGUUUGGCAUGCAAAGCGAUUUUCCAUGACCAAGCUGUGGGGUUACCACCUUCCUCUCGGUCUUCAAGGAAGAGGGAAAGGUUCGCGGGCAUUGUUGAGAAAGCUCAAACAAGGGGUGCUGGUACACGAUGCAAGCUAUAACUCUGCUGUUCAAUUGGAGGGUCCAGAGGAUGUGUUAGUUUCAGUAUUAAGAAUGGUACUCUUGCCCUCUCCUAUAGAAGCAACGCAUCCCAGAAAUCAUGGUGACUCCGUUAUUUCUGGUUUAACCUAUGGAACUGCAAUGCUUCAUCAAGUUGGAGCACCAGUUUCUCGGGCAAUUGCUCCUGUAACUUAUAUGUGGCGACCAACUUUCCAAGAAAGUAUCACAGACAUAGGUGUCAGUGAUGGAAAAGUUAUCCCUGACGUUGAUUUAUGCGAAAAACCAGAAAGCUUGGAGUGUAGUAGUUCUUCUAGACACCUUUGGGUGUGGAUACAUGCUUCUGCCUUUGAAGAAGGAUACGAUAAUCUAAAACUGGCCUGCCAGAAAGAGAUGGAAAAGAGAGGCAUCUCAAUCAAAUGUUCUUCGCUUGAGGGUCAACUUGCCAAAUUGGAAUUAAUGGGACCAAAGACAUUUCAACUUCUUCAGAAGAUAUUGCAUCCUGUUAGAAGUAUUUCAGAAAAUCAUUGGCAGUUAAAGAAACAUGUGACUAUAGAAGAAAACCACAUUUCUCAGGAUAUGAAAUCUUCCAUACUGAAAAAUGAGGAGCAUUUUUCUUCGUCUGCAAUGUUAUCUCUUAAUGUUAAGGAUCCUCGGGAUUUACCUGCGAAAAAGACUGUUGUUUCGACGGAGCCAAUUUCGCCUAAGGUUUUAAGUGAUGCACAAGAAACUAAUUGCGAAGAGCUUGCUGAUUUGGGAGGAAUGUUGGAAAAGAAUAAUGACUUGACUUCUUUAUCUGAUGUUGAUGAUCUAUGGUAUGCUAAUACCAGAGGCUUUAAGCCUCCACUGGAAGACAGUGUUCUUUCUAUGGAGAAGCACCGUGAACGCAUGAUUAAAUUCUGCCUUGAUGACAAAAAAUUUGGGGACGCGAACUCUUCCAAAGUGCAGUGCUCAAGAUCUUGCCCUAUUCUGCUUUUGAAAAAUGAUAUGAAGGAAUUAACCACAGGAUGGUCUGUUAUACUUCCCUUAAGUUGGGUUAAAGCCUUCUGGAUUCCACUCAUCACUAAUGGAGCACAGGCAAUAGGUUUGCGAGAAAAGCAGUGGAUUGCAUCUGAUACGGGGAUACCAAUUUUCCCUCAAGAUUUCCCAGAUUGCAAGGCAUACUCAUGCUUCAUGGCUGCUAAAGCUGCCGAAUGUAAUGAAAAAGAAGAACUUCGUCCUCCUUAUGUAAGGAAUUUGAGAGUUCCAAUCCUGCCUCCAUGGGGUAUUGUUCACGCUACUUUCAUCAAAGAGUUUAGCACAAUGGAGACUCCAGACCUUUCAGCCAGGGAAGAUUUGACCAAUGCUAAUUCGGUGUCAAACUCUUGCUCUGGCAACUUUGAAAUUUCAAAUUUCGACUCUGAGAAUUCAUUUGAUGGAACUGUAGCAAGGACAGAUCAUGUGUUGACUACUUUACUCGAUGAAACAAAAACUGGCCCAUUGCUGUUAUUUCCUUAUGCAGCAGAUGGAAAGGCCAGAAUCUCUAAGUUUAUUAAGGGAGAACUAAUGCUCGAUAUGAGGCAUAAAAGUUCUGUCAUUUAUGACCGUAAGCUAUGUUUUAUAAGAGUUCAUCUUCAGCCAUUCAAGGAAGGCUUUUUUGAAGAGGGUGCAGUUAUUUGUGCGCCACAUCCUUCUGAUUUAUCUUUAUGGACUUCAAGUUCAGUGAAAAGUGAAGUGAGACUUAAACUGUCUGAUUCUGCUAUGAAAUCAUAUUUCAAAGAGAAUUCCUCUGGUAAAUGGGAAAUGCAGAUACCAGACGAUUCAAUCGGCAGACAGUCUCACCGGUGGCCUAUUGGCUUCAUCACGUCAGGUUGUGUUCAAGGAAGCAAGAAGCUUUCAGCAGAGGGAUUUUGUGAGGCCGUUUUACUAUCUCAUUUAAGAGAGGAACAAUGGAAGGAGAUGCUCUUGAAGCAGAGGAGAAGCGAAAUAUACGUACUUGUCAGGAAUUUAAAAUCUGUUGCAUAUAGGCUAGCUCUUGCUUCUAUUGUCCUAGAAUAUCAGGAAAAUGACAUUGAAUUCUUGUAAAUUGAUUAUGUUUCAUUGCCACAAAUAGGGCCAAAUUGGUCAAUAUUCCUUAUUAGAUAAAAGGAAGUCAACAACAUAGAGAAAAAUAGCUUACUUUGAUUUUUAUAAAUAUUUGUACAAUCAAAACAUUUGAAUUUAUAUAUAAAAAAACAUUUGAAGUUA